UUCUGUUAUGUCUGGAAUUUGACUCAGGGAACAAGACUUGGGAGUUCAGAUCCUAAGGGUUGUUUCAAUAUUGGACUCCCAUCCGGGAAGUCACUUUUCCAACUUCAAGCUGAACGGAUUUUAUGUGUUCAGAGACUUGCAGCUCAGUCUAAGGAUGGUUCUGCUGGACCACCAAUCCACUGGUAUAUAAUGACUAGUCCAUUUACUGAUGAUGCCACCCGCAAGUUUUUUGAAAGUCACAAGUAUUUUGGCUUGGAACCUGAACAAAUCACCUUCUUCCAACAAGGCACCAUUCCCUGCAUUUCACGGGAUGGUAGAUUUAUCAUGGAGACCCCAUACAAGGUGGCAAAAUCUCCUGAUGGAAAUGGAGGAUUGUACUCUGCUCUAAAAUCUUCAAAGUUACUCGAAGAUAUGGCUAGAAGAGGUGUUAGAUAUGUGGACUGCUAUGGGGUUGAUAAUGUUCUGGUUCGUGUAGCAGAUCCGACAUUCCUUGGAUACUUUAUUGACAAAGGUGCAGCAGCAGCAGCAAAAGUUGUUAGGAAGGCAUAUCCGCAAGAAAAAGUUGGAGUAUUUGUCCAACGAGGCAGAGGUGGGCCUCUUACAGUUGUUGAGUACAGUGAAAUGGAUCCAGCAAUGACUACUGAGAUCAAUCAGACAACUGGACGACUUCGGUAUUGUUGGAGUAAUGUUUGCUUACAUAUGUUCACGCUGGACUUUUUGAAUCAAGUAGCAAAUGGCCUUGAAAAGGACAGCGUUUACCAUCUAGCUGAAAAGAAGAUACCCUCUUUUAAUGGUUAUAUAAUGGGCUUAAAGCUUGAGCAGUUCAUAUUUGAUGCCUUUGCAUACCCUCCUUCAACAGCUCUUUUCGAGGUCUUGCGAGAAGAGGAGUUUGCACCAGUUAAAAAUGCAAAUGGAGCAAGUUACGACACUCCUGAUAGUGCUCGGUUAAUGCUUCUUCGCUUGCAUAGUCGGUGGGUGGUUGCUGCUGGUGGUUUCUUGACACAUUCGGUGCCAUUAUACUUAACGGGUGUGGAAAUUUCUCCCCUUUGUUCUUAUGGUGGAGAAAACCUUGAAGCUAUAUGUCGAGGAAGAACAUUUCACGCACCGAGUGAAAUAACUUUCUAGUUGCUGAUUGCUUAAAGAUUUUCAUCGCUAUUUGCUAAUUAAUAUGUUCAUAAGUGGGGCUCAUUUUUUUAAUUUCACCUUUUUAUAUCAGAUAGUAUGUGUGUAUGUCUUAUUAUUGUCUAUGCUCUCACUAGACCUUCUGGCUAAAGGAAUUAAGAAGAGUGUCGAUAACA